UUACACUUCCGGGUUCUAAUGUUUACAACUGGCAGCAGCGUUGAAGCUACAGAGCUGCUCUUCCUGGUUAAUAAAACCAUCUUUUUAAAUUAAAACCAUGCUCUCUAUGUUCUGGGAUUUGUAGACCGUGACGUGGCGCAGCAGCAGAGCUCCGUUCAUCAGCUGCUGACCGUCCAGCCUCACGGCCAUGAAGAAGAGAGGCCGACGGACGAGGUCGUCGGAGGCUUCACGGAAGUCGUCAGAGGGCGUUGGCGAGGAGAAGAGGACCCCCGGAAACAGAGGCAGACCUCGAAAGACCGCCGCUGUGACUGCAGACGGUUUCUACCACGACAAUGACCUCGGUUUGACGACGGCUGACGACACACAGAAACAUCCAGAGAGCAAGUCCAGGUCUUCAGGUCGACUCUCCACCGUCUGUCGUCUCUGCCACGGGAAGUUCUCUCCACGUUCUCUCCGUCACGCCUUCAUCAAGUGGCCUCAGGAAUCCCUCGACAUCGUUGACGAUGAGUCGGACGCCGCCGCCGCCACCCCCUCUCCUCUUUUGUUCCACACAGACUUCCAGCGGCUGGUCGGGGUUCAGCUGGACCGUGACCCCCGGCUCUCGGAGUUCAUCUGCAAGAAAUGCCACGCUAAGUUCUACAAGUGCCACAGCAUCCUGAUCAGGUUUCUGCAGAGGGUCAACCUCCCGCCUGUCGAGAAGGAGAACCUCAGAAACCGAAAGAAUGUGAAGUUUCCAGAGUCGUCAGCGAAACACAGUUCAACAACGCCGCCGUCCAUCACCUCCGACCCCAAGUGCCUCCACAGACUGGUGUCCUGGGCUCACCACCACGGGGAGGUGUGCCGCUCCUGCCCCGACCUGAAGGAGGUGCUGGAGGGCCAGUGCUGGGGCUCCGUCAAGGCCGUGUGGGGCUGCGUCGACGGCCACCGACACAUCAUGGACGCCCGAUCCGCCGGCGCCGGCGCCGCCACAGUGAGCUUCGUCAGCGGGGGAGGUGGCGAUGGAGCGAUGUCGGAGGAGGAGGAGGAGGAACGGGAGGAGGAGGAGGACGAAGAGGAGGAGCAGCCAGGCAGGAACGGAAGGAGCUCAGCAGGAAGUAUGAGCACCUUGGUUCAGAGCUCUCAUCCUGGAGUCACAGCCCAGACUGAGACGGAUCUGGACGCCUGGACGGGCGCCGCCGAAGAUUUUGCCGGUGCAGAGGAGCCUCUGUCUCCUGCUGCAGCUCAGCUGGAGGACAGGACCGGAGACAGCGACCUGUCGGACAGGUUAACCACAAACCACAUGGUCGUGUCCGAGGAGGAGUUUGAGGAGAACAGGAAAGGAGGUCUCUCAGACGAGGAGCUGUUUGAGUCGUACCAGGACGAGAGAACUCGAAGCAUCAACGUCCCGAAUAAGAGGAGACGGAGCCCGAAGGCCCCAGAGGAACCUAAAGUCAAAAAGAAACCUGGACCCAAACCGGGCUGGAAGAACAAGUUCAAACCUAAAGGAGAGGAGCUUCCAAACAUCUACAAGUGUCCGUAUCAAGGCUGCACGGCCGUUUACAGAGCUCCUGAUGGACUGAAGAAACACAUUAAGGAGCAUCACGAGGAGGUGAGGGAGCGACCCUGCCCUCACCCCGGCUGCAACAAGGUGUUCAUGAUCGACCGCUACCUGCAGAGACACGUCAAGCUCAUCCACACAGAGGAGAGGAACUACAUCUGUGACCAGUGCGGUCAAACCUUCAAACAGAGGAAGCACCUGUCAGUUCACCAGAUGAGGCAUUCAGGGGCCAAACCACUGCAGUGUGAGGUUUGUGGCUUCCAGUGUCGCCAGCGAGCGUCGCUCAAGUACCACAUGACCAAGCACAAGGCCGAGGCCGACCUGGAGUUCGAGUGUCUGACCUGCAGGAAGCGCUUCGAGAAGGCGCACAACCUCAACGUCCACAUGUCCAUGGUCCACCCGCUGACUCAGGCCGAGGCUCCGAGAGACGACGCCGACGUCCAGCAGCAGCAGCAGCAGCAGCGGCCGCCGCCGCCAUCGUCGUACUCGGACCUGACCACCAUCACGCUGACAGGGGAGGUGGUUCAACACGAGCAGGACAGAUGACGACAGGAACUCAAAACAAAACAAAAAGAAAAACAAAAAAACCUCUGCACCAACAUCUGUGACCAAGUCUCCUGAACACUUGAACACUUGUGGUGCCUCUGUUACAAAUAUAAUGUAAAAUUUAGACUCUGAACGAAGCCCUGAGAGCUCAACGUCCUUAGGUACGAGCGGAUGCGUCAAACAUAUGAAGGUCUAAUCUGCAGAAUAAUUUUUUUAAUGCAAAUAACUUCUAAUUCUAAUUUGUCCACUGUUUUAAAGAGACAGAAAUGAGCCCUAAUGAUUUUUCUUAAGAAAUUUCAUUUUUUCUUUUAGGAUUGUUUAUUAAAUGUUAACAUUCUCCUAAUUUACUUGUUCCUCUUUGCACUAAAACAGAUGGAAAAACUCGGGAGUUGUCGUUAUUCAUAGGUUAUUAUUCUGUUAUCUUACAGGUCCGGUCUCUUCAGAGCCUGAACUAAAAUGAGUUUGACCCCCCUGGUUUAGAGAAGUAAAGUUAGAGGAUAAAUGAUGAACCCUGUGGAGCUUAAAUCAGAUAUUUGGUUGUGACGUUGAGCCCUCAGAGCUUCAGAAACAUGAAUCCAUAGGAAGGUUUUUGAAGAACACGGCCACUGAAUAAGUCUGAAUAAAUGCAGCUGGAAGUCCUUUAAUGUAACCUGUAACGUAGAGACUCUCCACCAACACGAUGCAGUCUAGUUUUAGUAGCUGUUUUUAUUAAGUUAUUACUCUUUUUUUUAGAGUGUAUCUGUGGAUUGUAGCAGUGAAAGGGCUCCAGAUGUACAUGUGUGCAUUAAAGCGUUGUAAAUAAAAUACAGACGUUUGUUUUUUACAAA